CCAGUCCUGGAGCCAGCACUGCACCCGUUCCUCCGCCUGGAGCCCAGGGCCACAUCGAUGAAAACAAAGACAAGCUCCAGCGCUCCAGCCAUGUCCACGUCGCUGCGAGUGAGCCCCUCGGUCCAUGGGUACCGCUUCGACACGGCCCUGCGCAAGAAAGCCGCGGCCAACAUCUUCGAAAGCAUCAACGAGGCGGCCCUGCAGAAACUCUUCAAAAACUCCGGGGACAAGAAGGCGGAGGAGAGAGCCAAGAUAAUCCUCGCCACCGACCAGGACAUGGAGGAGAAAACGAGAGCACUGAUGGCACUAAAGCAGAGGAGAAAAGACAAACUGCUCCAGUUUCUGACAUUUCGGAAAUACUCCAUCAAAGUUCACUGAACUGGCGGAGGGAGCAGAAAUGGAGAACAUUUUGUGACGGGACUGUUUGUGACCUCCUAGCAUACUCAGCAUGCUCCGCUGCCCCGUGGGGACCUGACAGCCCCGCACAGGGCCGAGCCCCGCCGCGGGCUGCGGGCUGCGAGCGCCGGGGGCAGCGGCCCCGGCCCCGGGGCAGCGCCGCACCGGGGCAGUGCCCGGCGGCAGCGGUGCCCGCCGCACACGGGUGUGGACCGCACUCCGCUAGCCAGAGGCUCGCAGAGAGGGAGCAGCUCCCGGCGGGAGGCAGAGCAGCUUCUCCGGGCAGCCCUGGGACCCAGCUGGGGGAAAACCACACUCCCGGCCCGACUCGGGACCUCCUGAUGGACUUGGUGCUCACGGACUUGACCCUUCGGUCGUCAAGGGUGCUUUGCCUGUUCAGCCUCGUUUCCCUGAAGCCUGAGCCCGUGCAGAGCUGUGGCUGCGGGAGGCUCUGGACACCGAACAGCUGCUGCAGGGUCACUGAGCGAUUGCUGGGUGCACCCAAGGGUGCCGUGUGGUGCAGAGGCUCCAGAGACACUGCACAGCUGAGUGCAGAGUGUCUUUCCUUCCUACCUUUCCUUCCCAAGCUCUGUGUGUGCAGUACCACUCGUUUGCACAGAAGCAAUAAUAAUGACAGAUUUCCCUGAAUCUACUGUGAAGUUCCCUGAUAUUGUGUUCACUUACCACUAACACUAAAAAUCUAAAUAUAAUAACAGCAGUUCUUCUCUGUGUAGGUUACAGUCACUAUUAGACGAGUAUUUCCUUCAUGGCAAUAUUUUAUGACAAUGUUAUUAUUAUAUUGACUAUAAUUUAUUGCCUACAGUGAUGUGAAAACUAAUAAAUUAUGAAGUAAAUAUAAA